GCCUCAAACCCUAAUCCACCUGAGCAACUGCUGGCUGGCGUUGUGCUCGUCGCCGUCCGUCCGUGGAUAGUAGCCAGCUGCCAUCGGCUGCCGGUCGCCGGUGCUGCAGCCUCGCCUCCAGCCCGCUCUUGCCUCUGUCCCUUACUGUUGCUGCUGCUGCUGCUGCUGCGUCUUGCUGGUGGCAGCCAGGUUGGAGCAGAUAGGAGUAGGAAAACCGGAAGGAGAGAAGGGAAAAUAAGAGGAAGGAGGAUCGGGAAGAAGGGGGGUUUUCUCAGGAGCGGGAGGUGGGAACUCCAUGGAACACACAGGAUCGAUGGAGGAGCGGGUUGUCACUGACCGGAUCCGGCGGAAGCUGGAGGAGGUGAACGCCGCGGCGCAGAAGCACCUCGCUGGCGUCCAAGAUCACGUCAACUUCACUAUGCAGCAAGCAUACUUCAAGUGUGCAUAUGAAUGCUUUGAUCGCCGAAGAAGUCAAGAGGGCAUCAACAAUUGUGUGGAGAACUGCAGUGUCCCUGUCCUUUCUGCCAACAAUGUUGUUGAGACGGAGAUGGCAAAGUUCCAGGAGCGGUUGAAUCGAUCCUUGAUGGUGUGCCAAGAUAAAUUUGAAGCGGCAAAGCUCCAGAAGCUGAAAACGCACGCGACUGAGGAGCUGGAAUCCUGCGUAAACAGGUCUAUUGAUGACAGUAUUAGGGUCCUGCCCCAUCUGGUUGAUCAGAUCAAGUCCUCCCUCUCCAUCAAUUAGAGAGAUCAUAGCUUGCCUUGUCAGUUCAGAACUAAACAGUAGCCUUCGUUGAAAACUGUUUCAGUUUUGAGAAAAAGCAUGUCCACUAAUUUUAGGUGCUGAGAUCGUUGGCUGAAUUUUUGUCCUUGUUAACAUAUAACAUGGCUGGCAUAUCGUAUUUUGAGUGCCCAGAGGUUUGUUCUGAACCACACCUUUUUGCAGAGCUAAUUUAUCAGAAAUGGUCGAAUAAUAGGAGAUGAUAUCCUAAUGCUCUCAUUCUUAUUUGUUUGCAUCUUCCAGUGGCUUCAGUUCUUAUUACCAGCAAAGUAAAUGUCGUUAAUUUGUGAA